AUGCUGGCCGUCGCUGUGCUGUGGGGGUCUGACCUCGGGGGGCCAGGCGUAGGAGGGGGUCACGCUGUCGUGGCGGCCCAGGCCACCGAGAGGAGGGUGCUUGCACACAUCCCCGGUGACAUCAUCAUGGGCGCCCUGUUCUCUGUCCACCACCAACCCCCUGCGGACAAGGUCCAUGAGCGUAAGUGCGGGGCGGUGAGGGAGCAGUACGGCAUCCAGAGGGUGGAGGCCAUGAUGCACACCCUGGACCUGAUCAACGCAGACCCCAACCUGCUCCCCAACAUCACGCUGGGCUGUGAGAUCAGGGACUCGUGCUGGCACUCUGCCGUGGCUCUGGAGCAGAGCAUCGAGUUCAUCCGGGACACGCUGGUCUCCAACGAAGAGGAGGAGAGCCAGGCCAAGUGUCCCGGGGAGGACGGGUCCGUGGUGAUGCAGUCCAAGAAGCCCAUCGUGGGCCUGAUCGGACCGGGCUCUAGCUCCGUCGCCAUCCAGGUUCAGAACCUCCUCCAGCUGUUCAACAUCCCGCAGAUAGCCUACUCAGCCACCAGCAUGGACCUCAGCGACAAGAGCCUGUUCAAGUACUUCAUGAGGGUGGUCCCGUCAGACGCCCAGCAGGCCCGAGCCAUGGUGGACAUCGUCAAGCGCUACAACUGGAGCUACGUCUCCGCCAUACACACAGAAGGCAACUACGGCGAGAGCGGCAUGGAGGCAUUUAAGGACAUGGCCGCCGAGGAGGGAAUCUGCAUCGCCCACUCGGACAAGAUCUACAGCAACGCGGGCGAGCAGAGCUUCGACAAGCUGCUGGACAAACUGCGGGGCCACCUUCCCAAGGCCAGAGUAGUGGCCUGCUUCUGCGAGGGCAUGACCGUCCGAGGCAUACUGAUGGCCAUGCGACGCCGCCACCUGGUCGGGGAGUUCCUGCUGGUGGGGAGCGACGGCUGGGCGGACAGGUCCGACGUCACCGACGGUUACCAGAGAGAGGCCGCGGGGGGCAUCACCAUCAAGCUCAAGUCGGCCUACGUCACCUGGUUUGACGACUACUACCUGAACCUGAAGCCCGAGACCAACCUCAGGAACCCCUGGUUCCCAGAGUUCUGGCAGCACCGCUUCCAGUGCCGGCUGCGGGGCUACCCGCAGGAGAACCCCGCCUACAACCGCACCUGCAACUGGAGAGAGUCUCUGCGCCAGCAGUACGCUCAAGACACCAAGAUGGGCUUCGUCAUCAACGCCAUCUACUCCAUGGCGUACGGCCUGCACGCCAUGCAGCAGUCCCUCUGCCCCGGCUACAAGGGUUUAUGCGGCGCCAUGCGGCCCAUCGACGGACGAAAGCUCCUGGAGUUCCUGAUGAAGACUAACUUCACCGGCGUGUCCGGAGAGACGAUCUACUUUGACGCCCAUGGGGACUCCCCCGGCCGGUACGAGAUUAUGAAUUUCAAGCACACGGGGAACAGCGAGUAUAGCUACAUCCAUGUGGGCAGCUGGGACCAGGGCGGCCUGCGGAUGGACGACGACGAGAUCUGGACCAACAACAGUGACAUCAUCCAAUCGGUGUGCUCGGAACCCUGCCAGAGGGCACAGAUCAAGGUGAUCCGUAAAGGAGAGGUGAGCUGCUGUUGGACGUGCACGCCCUGCAAGGACAACGAGUUUGUCUUUGACGAGUACACCUGUCGAGCAUGUGUGCUAGGCUACUGGCCCACUGACGACCUCACCGGCUGCGAGCCAAUCCCAGUCCAGUAUGUCCGCUGGGGGGAUCCAGAGCCAAUCGCGGCCGUGGUCUUUGCCUGUCUGGGUCUCAUGGCUACCCUCUUUGUAACAUCCAUCUUUAUUAAGUUCUGGGACACCCCUGUGGUGAAGUCGUCCAGCCGUGAGCUGUGCUACAUCAUCCUGGCUGGGAUCUUCCUGGGCUACCUCUGCACCUUCAGCCUCAUCGCCAAGCCCCACGUGGUGCUCUGCUACCUCCAGCGGCUGGGCAUCGGCCUGUCCCCGGCCAUGAGCUACUCGGCCCUGGUCACAAAGACAAACCGCAUCGCACGGAUCCUGGCAGGCAGCAAGAAGAAGAUCUGCACCAAGAAACCUCGCUUCAUGUCGGCCUGCGCCCAGCUCGUCAUCGCCUUCAUCCUCAUACUGCUGCAGCUGGGCAUCAUCGUGGCCCUGCUGGUCAUAGAGCCCCCGCAGGUGAUCUACGACUACCCAAGCAUCCGGGAGGUCCACCUGAUCUGCAACCUGACCACCCUGGGGGUGGUCGCGCCGCUGGGCUACAACGGCCUGCUCAUCCUCAGCUGCACCUUCUACGCCUUCAAGACGCGCAACGUCCCGGCCAACUUCAACGAGGCCAAGUACAUCGCCUUCACCAUGUACACCACCUGCAUCAUCUGGCUGGCCUUCGUGCCCAUCUACUUCGGCUCCAACUACAAGAUCAUCACCAUGUGCUUCAGCGUCAGCCUCAGCGCCACCGUGGCGCUGUGCUGCAUGUUCGCCCCCAAGGUGUACAUCAUGCUCGCCAAGCCGGAGAAGAACGUGCGUAGCGCCUUCACCACCUCCACGGUGGUGCGCAUGCACGUGGGCGACGCCAAGACCGCGGCCAAGGCGGCCAAACCCACCAGCAGCAUGGCCAACAUGUUCCGGCGCCGCGACUCGGGACAGGGGAACGUCAGCUCCAACGGGAAGUCUCUGACGUGGGCCCAGAACGAGCGCAGCCAGCAGCGGCCAAACCUGUGGAAGAGGAUCUCCAUCCACGUGAAGAAGACGGAGGAGGUGGAGGUCAACCACACCGCCAUCAUCAAGCCCUUCUCCAAGGGGCCCGAGUCCCCCGUCGACACCGGCAGCCUCCACGUGGAGUACGAGGACGAGUCCCCCCUGACCACCUACCCGCCCUCCCCCCCGCCCUUCCACGCCCCGACCCCCGGCGGCCUGCACGACGACGGGGCCCGGGCCCCCCAGGGGGACGGAGCGGCAGCGGCGCAUCAGCAGGCCCUGCCGGCGUACUCCCCUGGGACCCCCCAGACGCUCGGCCGCAGGCUGCCUGAGGGCCGUGGAGGGGGGCCCGCCGCCGCGGCGGAGGAUCCGGGGGUGCCGGAGGAGCAGCUGGUGGACACCGGCGUGGGGGACAUCGGUGUGAGGAUGCUGGCCGGGCAGCCCCAGUGCUCAACCAUCAUGGACCAGAUCAGCAGCGUGGUGCACCGCUUCACCGCCAACAUCAGUGAGCUCAACACCAUGAUGCUCCCCGGGUCGCCACCGGGGGGCGCCACCGGGUGCGCCGCCGUCCCGGGGCCCGGCACCUUCAUCCCCGGCCCGGAGGUCAGCGCCUGCGGGCCGCCCCCCGCCCUGAUGCCCCGGGCCCGGCCGAGCGGCUCCGCCGUCACCGCGUACGCCCAGGUGUCGGCCAGCAGCGCCGCCCCCGGCGAGAACCCGCGACCGAUGAUGUACGAGCGCAUGGCCGGCGUGUGCGCCAACGGCCGGAGGUCCAGGAAUACGGAGGAGCUGGUCGCACUGACUCCCCCGUCCCCGUUCAGAGACCUGUCCAUGGGCUCCAACAGCGACUCGCCUCCCCCGUCUCUCUCGCCGGCCUCGGAGGAGGAUUACGACCAGCUCCUGCUGCGGCACUAUACCCAGAGCUCGUCCUCCCUCUAG